AAUUUUAUGUUUGUGACAACCCUGACUCGAUGCGUGGCUUGAAACGUGUAAAAAUAAUAUAAGAUUGCUAAUUUCAAGCACUGCACAUAGUGUUCAGGUAGUCUAAUUGCACCUGCAGGUCAUCAGGUGGUCACCACUGCCUCCAGCAACCGAUAACCAAGGAAUAGAGGGAAACAGUUAAAACGAAGUUGGCCAGGGUAGCACACACAACAAAACACCGAAUCACAACACUAGUGUAGACCAUAUUGAGUUGAAAGUCUGGCUUUAACCCCCGCAAGUCACCCGGCCAUCAACCUUAAAGGCGUGUGUGUUUCUUAGUGCUAUUGCCAUUCCCGUAUUUCCAUUUCUAAUCCCGAAACGACCGCGUGUGUUCUGUGUGAGUGCGGGAGCAGAAAGAAGAAGCAGCCGUUUGAAGGAGGGCGAAAGUGUGUCGCGUGAAAAAAGCGAGAGAUUUUCAUCGGAAAACAGAGAAACCGCACCGCAUUGGAACCAUGGCCGCCCAGGAAAACACAGAGAUCAGCACAAAGUUCUCCACGCUGAAUGUGAACGCGGUGGAAUUUGUGCCCAGUUUCAGUUACAACAGCGUGGCCGCAGCGGCGGCAGCAGUUGUGGUUGCGGCGGAGGAGGCGGAUGCUCAGGCGCCGACCCCGCCCCCCACUGCCACGGAUCCGGGUCCGGUUCCCGCCUCAGGAUCUGCCACGCCAGCCACCACACCCGACUCCACCGGCAGUGGGGGAUCCACAGCGGGCGCAGCUCCUCCUCCACAGACGACGGCGGGGGCAGGGGCACCACCCACUUCCUCCUCCAAUUCCGCAUCGCCAGCGCCGGGUUCGCCUGCCACCACGCCUUCUGCGGCAGCGGCUGCUGCUCCAACGCCCGUCGAAGGUCUCAACCCCUCGGACAAAAUCGCAAACAAUGAAACCGAUCCCGCUGACAGCUGGGAUGUGGACGAUGCUGUGAUCACGCCCGAGGAUGAAGAGGUCGAGGAUGCUGAGUUCACAGAGGGAGAGGCCACGCCCAAGGUGACCAAAAAGAAGGUGGUCAAGGUGGAGGAAAACCGAAGCAAGCGUGAGCACGUGAAUGUUGUGUUCAUUGGUCAUGUUGAUGCUGGCAAGUCAACAAUCGGCGGACAGAUCAUGUCCCUCACAGGCAUGGUAGACAAGAGGACGCUGGAGAAGUACGAACGAGAGGCUCGUGAGAAGUCUCGCGAAAGUUGGUAUUUGUCAUGGGCGCUGGACACCAACCAGGAGGAGCGCGACAAGGGCAAAACCGUUGAGGUUGGGCGCGCCUUCUUUGAGACGGACCGCAAGCACUUUACCAUCCUGGACGCGCCCGGCCACAAGAGCUUCGUGCCGAACAUGAUCGGAGGGGCGGCGCAGGCCGAUCUUGCCGUGCUGGUCAUAUCAGCGCGAAAGGGUGAAUUCGAGACCGGCUUCGACCGGGGUGGACAGACCCGCGAGCACGCCAUGUUGGCAAAGACCGCCGGCGUCAAGCAUCUGGUCGUACUGGUCAACAAAAUGGAUGACCCCACGGUCAGUUGGGAUCAGACGCGCUACAACGAAUGCAAAGACAAGAUACUACCAUACCUCAAGAAGCUGGGCUUCAACCCGGCCAAGGACCUUACCUUUAUGCCUUGCUCCGGCCUCAGCGGCUACGGGCUCAAGGACCAAGUCCCGGAGACUCUCUGCUCCUGGUACCGGGGGCCCGCCUUUAUUCCGUUCAUCGACGAGCUGCCCUCGCUCAACCGCAAGUCUGAUGGGCCCUUCAUCAUGCCCAUCGUUGACAAGUAUAAGGACAUGGGCACCGUGGUGAUGGGCAAGGUUGAGUCUGGAAUGGCGCGCAAGGGUCAGAACCUGUUGGUAAUGCCAAAUAGGACUCAAGUGGCGGUGGAUCAGUUGUUCUCCGACGACUUCGAAGUCACAUCUGUUGGUCCCGGCGAGAACGUCAAGAUCAAGCUGAAAGGCAUCGAGGAGGAGGAUGUCUCGCCAGGUUUUGUGCUCUGCGAUGCCGCUAAUCCCAUUAAAACGGGAAAAAUCUUUGAUGCUCAGGUCGUAAUCUUAGAACACAAAUCAAUUAUCUGUGCGGGUUACUCGGCUGUCAUGCACAUACACUGCGCUGCCGAAGAGGUCACAGUUAAGGCCCUCAUCUGUUUGGUCGACAAAAAGACUGGCGACAAAUCAAAAACACGUCCACGGUUCGUUAAGCAAGAUCAGGUUGCAAUAAUGCGUAUAGAGUGCUCUGGAAUGAUUUGCCUUGAACAGUUUAAGCUAUUCCCACAAAUGGGACGUUUUACGCUCAGGGAUGAAAACAAAACCAUUGCCAUUGGCAAGGUGCUGAAGGUGGUCGAAUAAAUUGAGCAAAGCUGAAUUCGAGCGCCCGCCUUUCACUGCGAUUUUUGAUAAAGCAUUGCACGCCCGACGAGAGAAAACAACCACAGCAACAAUAACAACAACGCCAUGCCACGCCACGCUUUCUUCACAUUUGACAAAUCCAGAAACACAGUACACACCCACGCUCGAGCUCUUACUCACUUAUGGUUACUUUACUUUCUACCAGCAAUAGCAAUUGAUUAUACAUUGAUAAGAAGGUUGAAUAGGAUUCGAAUCGAAACGGAACGGCAAUGUAGAGUGCAUUAUAAAAACGGGCAGGCGUUAAGUUAAUUUACAACCCCGACGCACGGACGGAGUGUUCAGAGAUAGAAACAGAAAUGCAUUAUAUACGAAUUAUAAACUAUAUUAUGUAUAACUAAGCAGCAAAAUCGGAAGCAGCGAGCGCGAAACAAGAUGAACUAUUUAUAUAUAUACACAACAAACCACUCACACGUAUAUAUACAUAAUGUAUGCGAGGGAGCAUGAGUUGGCGAAGAGCCGCGAUGGUAACUGAUAAGGCAUUAAUAGAUUCUUGGUACAAUUAUGUUUGUUGAGACCCACUGUCAAGGAUAUUGAAGAUUAGUUGCCGUCGUCGUUUUAUUUUGGUUUAAUACUUUUGUAUAAACUGUAAGCAUUAAAUAGCGUACACGUACAUGCCUAAAUCGCGCGGAAGACGUGAAAUUUUUUAAUACUAAAACUAAAGCUGCAAGCUACCCAAUUUUUGUAUUUGUACAAGCGAAAAGCAAAAUCCCCGAUCCCCCUUACCCAUUCAGCUUCCUGUAUGCGCCUUCAAAUUGCAAAUUUGUUAAAUACCCUGCAAAUACAAUACGAUAUUUCUGCUCUUCUUUUUUACAUGAUAUAAUCUAAAUGCUUUAAUUUAAGUUUAAGCUUAAUGAACAUGGAGUCAAGUUGGUUUGAUUCGUAAGCUCAAAAUUAAAAGUCUUUGCAUCAUUGAAGAACACUACAAAGAUGGCAUAACAGAGAAACAAACAUUUAUCACCUACGUAAAUAUCUUAUUGUUAACUUCAAUCUUGGCCCCUUCGGUAAAUUCACUUUAUUUGGCAGAUUUACAAAAAAUUAGAUUUUUUUAUAAUUUAGUUAAUUGAAGAAUUCGUGCAGGUCAACCACGAAACCCACUUAUGAAAAAAUAAAAUGCCUUUUGCUACCAAGCAGAAAAAAAACACAAAG